CACACCUUCCCAGCUGACAACCAAUCACCGUCAAAGCAACACAAAAACAUAAAUAAUUUAUCAACCCUCGUCUGAAAUGCUGAUCCGUUUCUGCUGAUGAUGUGAGCGUUUGUGACUUCUGGUUCGGUGCGGGUGGCGCUACUUUUACUUAUUGUUUACACCUUAGUUCGGAUAACAAUCCUUUUCCAAGCAUCGCGAGGCCAUUACGAUUAUUUGAAAUGUUAGAAGUAGUGUACAUCGGCCUCGACCUCGAUCUGCAUUAGCUCCCGCAAGCAUCGUCACCAAAUAGCUGACGGGAGACAGAGAGAACAACAAACAAUGCAGGGAGAAGGACAACGGACCCGACGUCUUUCGUCCGGCGAGGCAGGAGGUUCACCGGUCACUACCGAAACCGACGGCUCUCGGCUGAGCGUGAUAGCGAAGCAACCCCUGUACUUCCUUACCCGUACCGACGAAGGUAACUUCACCGUGACCAAUUCGGACAUCGUUUGGACGGUGAUUUCGAUUCUGAGCCGAAUAGUGAGCAUUUUUCUCAACAUCAACCUCGCCUAUGACUAUUACCGGAAGGGUAAAGUGGAUUACUUCAUCUGGACCACUUGCGGCAUUCUGGUCCCGGGAGUCGUGACCAGUGCACUCACGGUUCACAUGUAUUUGGAGGACAUGAAAGAGCACAGAAAAGUCCGCAAGAGGUGCUUUGAGAUGCUGAUUUUUAUCAUCAUCGUGCCUUUCUUCUUCCGCUACUGCCAAUCGCUGGCAUACGCUAUCCAUAGCAAGAUCGCUGAAACGCGCAAUGAUCGUGAAACCCAGAAGAAGUACUACGAAUUUAUGAUCCAGGAAGACAGCGAUGUGGCGUUGGUACGGAUAUUUGAGUGCUUGCUGGAGGCAGCUCCACAGAAAAUCCUUCAGCUGACCAUCGUUUUGUCGGGCGAAGAUCGAAUGACUUGGCCACAGUUGCUGGCAAUACUGGGAUCAAUCACGGGCAUUGCCUGGUGUAUGGCCUCGUACUAUCGCUGCAUAAGAUUCUCUCAACCGGACAAGCGGCAUAUUUCUUGGCUGGGAACCAUAUCGCAAAUUCUGUGGCACUUUUCUGUCACGAUCUCACGGGUUCUCUCGAUCGCCAUCGUCGCCAGUGUGUUUCCAAAGUAUAUGCUGUUUGCCUGCCUAGCGCACUCGUUCAUCAUGACACAGUGGAUAUUCUUCUUUGACCGGUCGCCGUUCUGCAGUGCCACAACGGUACACAGCUUCUUGUUUUCCUUGGUGCUAGGCGUGGUGUUUAUCUUUACCUAUAUCCUGCCUCGGGUGGGACGUACAUUUUAUCGCUAUCUGAUCUACUACAGUCUAUGUGGGAUGGAGAACCUAGCGUGUGUGAUUAUCUACCUCUGUUAUGUACGAAAUAGCACCAUCAAGGAUUCGUACUAUCUGCCAAUGCUUUGCACGGCCUCGGUGGCGCCCUUCAUGUUUGGGAUUCUCUGCAUGGUGUGCUAUUAUAAAAAUUUUCACCCGAACAUUAUGUCACGGAAGCCUGAGGGUUGUGGCGGAUCUUCGCCCAGUGAAAGUUCCAGUAGAAACGGAAUCGAUGAGUUGCAGCCCAAUCCCGCAGCGGUUGUGGGGGACUUGGUAACGAAAAGCGGCGGCGACCAUCGAUAAAAUGGAAGAGAUACGGAGUCUCAUACCAUAUACCAACAGUAAGUAUUGCGCUGUAUAGUGUUAAGAACGAAUAUUAUUCGCAGGGCGGGACGAUAAACAUUUCAGUGUGUUGUGUUUUUAUACCGGGAAUGAUCAGACUGAACCAUCGAUUGAUUGUUCAUUGAAUGAAACCAAUAUAUUGGAUAGUACUCAUUAUUUAUUAGGCAAAUAAUAUAUACACAUCUCAUUAGGAUUUUGACAGAA